AUGGCGCCAGCUGACGUCACAGGGGACAACGAGGCCGAGAUCAUGUUGAAACUCUACUAUCCCCGAGCGAAGACAAAGAAACUAAGAACCAAAAAAGAAACUAAAAAACCAAAACUUCGUUCAGUAUAUAAGUUCAAGGUCGGUGACGCAGUGAGGAUUUCACACCUGAGGCAAGCUUUCACGAGAACAUUCCACGAAACAUUUACCGGGGAGAUAUUCACGAUAGCCGCUCGGUUUUACAAACAAAACAUUCCAAUCUAUAAACUAAAGGACUACAAUGGACGAGAGAUUAGCGGGACGGUGUACGAGAGCGAGUUACAGAGGGUCGUUGAUCCGGAAAGCUUACAAUACCGCAUAGAACGCGUCCUAAAGACGAGGCUACGUAACAAGAAGAAACAGCUACUCGUUAAGUGGAUGGGUUGGCCGAGCGAUUAUAAUAGCUGGAUAGAUGCCGAUGCGGUGAACGCCCUCUGA